UUUACAAGUUUCGUUUAUACUUUCGCCCACACAGAGUAAAUACUCGCGGUUUCUCUCCAGUCUCCAAUCUCCAUCUUCGUUCUUGGCGUAUCCUAUUCUCAAGUUCAAGACAGAUUUAUUUUGUCAUGGAAGCUGGAUCUAGUUCAUUGGAGGAUGGAUACAGAAGUAUGACGGGAAAAUGCAAAAAGCGGCAGAUAUUGGAAUCCAAGGACAAAGUUGACCGGUUGAACUUACUUCCGGACAGCAUUUUAGUAGACAUUCUCUCUCUUCUGCCAAUAGAAUCUGCCGUUAGAACUUGUGCCUUAUCUCGCCGAUGGCAGUAUCUCUGGACUCAAGUAACUCGUCUCGUAUUUGAUUACUAUGGCCUCCCAUCUAGAAUUAGGGGCUUAGAUUGGGAUGAUUCAUUCUUCGCGAUUGUUGAUCACAUCCUUCAGCAACUCACCUCCCCCAAAAUACAUUGUUUCAAUAUUCGGUUUUUUUAUGGUCGUAAUAAAGAUGAUGCCUUCGUUUCUUAUGUAGAUUCCUGGUUUCAUGAUAUAUGUGCUCGAGAUACAGACCACAUUCAGGUAGAUGCACAGCGUUCUGUCUAUGGUGAUAUUGAUCUACUUACUUUACCAACUUGUAUUCUUCACUCUAAAUCUCUGGGCGUGCUUCAUUUAUCUGGGAAUUUCCUCAUUAAUGCGUGUGAUGUGAAGCUUCCUAAUUUGAAGAAAUUUCAUUAUUCUGUCCAACCUUUUGAUUCUCGAUUGUUGACCAAACUUUUUAAGUGUUGUCCACUUUUAGAAGAUGUAACUCUGUUGGGUGAUUUAGAGGAGAGUGAACUCUGUUUAGCUUCUAAUUUGAAGAAAUUUGCUUUUACAUCUGACUUAUUACAAGGUAAGUUGACCAUCAAUGUGUCCAAAUUGAAGGAAUUGGAAAUCCAUGUUCGGAGUCUAUCGGUUGUUUAUUUUGUCAAGAACUCUGGUGCAUUGGUUUCAGCAAAUGUGAGCUUAAAUUCUGAGUUCCUCACUGAAAAUGAUUAUCUGAGCCACACAGAGCAGCUUUCUCAGGUUAUUUCUAGUGUAAGGUAUCUCUGCCUCAAUUCUGCUACAUUAAGGGCCCUUAACAAAGUGGACUAUGUCUUGGAUAAUCUGAUCCAACUUCGGAUCAGAUUGGAUGAUUCCAUUGCAUGUUGGAAUGAUGUGCUGCAUAUUCUACAAUGUUGUUCGAGCCUCAAGGUACUUGUUGUAUUCUCAUUGAGAGGCUACUAUAGCAUGCCACAGGUUAUAAAUGUUGGAGAUGAUAUACCUCUUUGUUUCUCAAGUCAACUUACAAGGGUAGAACUGCAUCAUCUACCUGGUACUGCUGCUGAUCUCGAGUUUAUGAAGUACAUCUUGUAUAAUGCAAAUGCAUUAGAGGUGUUAUCUGUUGAGCUUUCCGUGGAUGCUAAAAGGUCAGAUUUGCGAUUGUGGAAAGAAUACGUGUUUUGUGAGACUUUAUUCCUACUCCCUAAGCUUUCCAUAUGUUGUGAGAUUCAAGUCUCUGGUAAGUGUCUCAGCUCAUCUAGUAGGGACUUCCAAAAAAAGAGUAAAACACUCCUUUGUCAGAUUCGUCGUUCUUACUAGUUACUCAAUUGAGGUGUACUUGAGAAACACAUUUUCAUUAGUUACCUUAUCGCUUGGAAAAUAAGAGAUCCACCUUUAUGCCCCAUCCUAAAUGGUUACCCUAUCGCUUGGAAAGGAUGCUCUUGGGUGCACCUAAUAGACUCGCAUAUGCUAAUACGGAGUAUAUAUGUUUAACGGCUAUUAAUCUAUUACGGUAAUCAAGUAACCUGCAUUUUUCUUGCAGCUAGUUGUUAA